AUGGCCUCGCCCUUUGCUUUACUGAUGGCCCUGGUGGUGCUCAGCUGCAAGUCAAGCUGCUCUCUGGGCUGUGAUCUGCCUGAGACCCACAGCCUGGAUAACAGGAGGACCUUGAUGCUCCUGGCACAAAUGAGCAGAAUCUCUCCUUCCUCCUGUCUGAUGGACAGACAUGACUUUGGAUUCCCCCAGGAGGAGUUUGAUGGCAACCAGUUCCAGAAGGCUCCAGCCAUCUCUGUCCUCCAUGAGCUGAUCCAGCAGAUCUUCAACCUCUUUACCACAAAAGAUUCAUCUGCUGCUUGGGAUGAGGACCUCCUAGACGAAUUCUGCACUGAACUCUACCAGCAGCUGAAUGACUUGGAAGCCUGUGUGAUGCAGGAGGAGAGAGUGGGAGAAACUCCCCUGAUGAAUGCGGACUCCAUCUUGGCUGUGAAGAAAUACUUCCGAAGAAUCACUCUCUAUCUGACAGAGAAGAAAUACAGCCCUUGUGCCUGGGAGGUUGUCAGAGCAGAAAUCAUGAGAUCCCUCUCUUUAUCAACAAACUUGCAAGAAAGAUUAAGGAGGAAGGAAUAA